AUGUCGGAUUCUGUCUCAGCCGUGCUCCCACAAGGGGUUGGCUAUGGAGUCGUCGUGGGGAUCGGCUUCUUCUUUACAGUUGCCAUGAUCGGCAUCUCUAUGCUUCAGAACAAAUACACCAACUUUAGCACGAAGACCAGUGAAGAGUUCAACACCGCGAGCAGAAAUGUCAAACCUGGCCUCAUCGCGGCUGGGAUCGUCUCAGCCUGGACGUGGGCAGCGACGCUGCUUCAAAGCAGUACUGUUGCGUAUACUUAUGGAGUAGCCGGGCCCUUCUGGUACGCGGCAGGAGCUACCGUCCAGAUCUUGGUGUUCUCCAUACUCGCCUGCAAAACCAAGAUGAAUGCUCCUCGAUGCCACACUUACCUCGAAAUCAUCCAUGUGCGCUACGGCCGGGUGGCACACAUCGUCUUCAUCUUUUUUGCUCUCGUCACCAACAUCCUGGUCGGCUCUCAACUGCUGCUGGGCGGGUCCGCUGUUGUCACCAGCUUGACCGGCAUGAAUGUCUAUGCCGCAAUCUUCCUCAUUCCCCUCGGUGUCGUUGCAUAUGUCCUGAUGGGCGGACUCCGCGCGACAUUUCUUUGUGACUAUUCCCACACGUUAAUUCUGAUGGUUAUCAUUCUCUACUUUAUGUUCGAAGUUUAUGUUAGCGACGACAUUAUUGGCUCGCCCGCGCGCAUGUUCGAGCUUCUCAAGAAAGCGGCCAGCCAGAGACCCGUCGCGGGCAACCAGGACGGGUCUUACAUGACACUGAAAUCUAACAACGCGCUCAUUUUCGGCGUCAUCCAGCUCUGCUCCGGUAGCGGUACUGUCUUCCUGGACCAAGCAUACUGGCAACGGGCCAUCGCAUCGCGACCCACCACGGCCGUUCGGGCAUACAUCCUCGGCGGCCUCGCCUGGUUCGCCAUCCCCUUCGGCUUUGCCACCACUCUAGGUCUCGCUUCGGCUGCACUGGUAGACAACCCGGCCUACCCUACCUACCCGGACGCCCCAUCCUCCAGCCAGAUCUCCGCUGGUCUCGCUUCGGCAUUUGCUGCCAGCACUCUGCUCGGCAAGGGCGGCGCCGUUGCCCUACUUAUCACCCUGUUCAUGGCGGUCACGUCGUGCGCCUCUGCCGAACUGAUUGCCGUGUCCUCGAUCCUCACAUUCGACAUCUACAAAACGUACAUCAAGCCCAACGCCACGCCACAGAACUUGAUCUUCAUGGCCCACGUGAACGUCGCGGUCUUCGGGCUCACCAUGGCCAUUUUCGCCAUCAUCUGGAACGUCAUCGGGAUUGACCUAGGCUGGUUGUUCCUGGUCAUGGGCCUCCUCAUAGGCGGUGCCGUCAUGCCGACCGCCUUUGCGAUAACCUGGAAAAAGCAAAGUCGAGCUGGGGCCAUCGCAGGAUCAUUGAGUGGCCUCGUCGCCGGUCUCACGGCUUGGCUCGUCGAAGCAAAGGUCCACUAUGGGGAGCUCACUCUCGAGUCAACGGGUUCCAACUACGCCACUCUGGCGGGCAACCUCGCUGCCAUCAUGACAGGCCUGAUUGUCACAGUGGUCGUGUCUCUGAUCAAGCCAGACAACUACGACUGGAGCGGUACGCGGGCUAUCAACAUCGAGCACGCUUACGUCGAAGGCACAACCCUGUCACCGCAGGUCGACUCGUCGAGCUCCUCCAACGUCACUCAGAUGGGCACGGCAGACAAAGAAUCUGUCAAACCGACGAGUGAGGCACCUUCCCCAGCACCCGUCUCGCCCGUCCUCGCACCUUCGCCGGAGGCCGAGAAGCGCGACUCCGCGGCCAGUCGCAUUAUUCGGGAUGAAGAACGGCACCUCUCCAUCGAUGCACAGUACGAAGACAACCCGUCAAGUCUUCGCUCCGCCUUCAAGCUGGCCUGCAUCGCCUCCUUCGUCUUACCUUUCAUCAUGGACUUCCUUAUCCCAAUCCCCAUGUUCCUGAGUCAUUAUAUCUUCAGCAAAGAGUUCUUCACCGCCUGGGUGGUCAUCAGUUUCAUCUGGGUAUUUGCCAGCAGUCUGAUCAGUGUCCUCCUGCCCAUUUGGGAGACGAGGGCAUUCUUUGGCAUGCUCUUUAGGGCUGUAACAGGGGAUGUCAGGAGACGGAGAAGCGCUGCGUGA